AACCCAGCAGCCGGCAACCACACACCCGAGAGGGCUGGGCACCAGAUGAAAAGCCUCCGUGGAGCCCGGCCCCUCCUGGGACGGCCUCGGAGCCGGCGAGUGCGGGGCCUGCUGCCGCGGGGCCCCCGGGCCUGCCAAGGUCCCCGGCACGCGUGUGCGCCUGAGCCAAACAGGUUUUCUAAGUUUUUCUGGUUUGCUCUGGGCUCGCGCUGAGCGACCCGCUGCCGUCGUCCCUCUGGGAGAUGUGCUGUGCCAAUGACUAAUCCCAGCUGUGCCGAGAUUGGUGUCAGCUGUCACCUGCUCAGCGCCGAGACCCGAGCCCAGUGCGAGUGAGGAGAGACCGGCGGCUGCAGCCCCGCCCUGCAGGGCCUCCGCUGCGGAUCAGCCAGAAGCUUCCGGCUGCUGCCAGGGCCACUCUGUCCUCCCUGCGGGCGGCUGGCAUGCGGCCAGCGCAGUGAGUGCCCCCGUCGGAGGGCAGCUGCCUCCCCGCCAGCCCAGCGGAGCCCCUGGAUGGAGCUGGGGACCGGAGCCCCUCAUGUCUGCCCUGCUGACGCUGUGUGUCCUCCUCCUGCCCCUGGCAACCCCUGGCCAAGGUGCCCAGCGCUGGGAGCCCUGCACAGACCUGCGGCCCCUGGAUCUCCUGGCAGAGGCAGUCCCUUUGCACAGCGCCAUGGGUGGAGUGAGGACGGUGCAGGUGCAGGGUGUGUGGGGCCUCCAGCUGCAGGCUGCCGCCCCCCGUGCUGUGAGCUUCCCUGCCUCGAGGAUCUUCUUCAGGUGUGACCUCUUCCCUGAAGAAUUCUCCAUCGUCAUGACCUUGAAAUGCCCCCACCUCACACCCAAGAGGCACGAGUACCUGCUCUCCGUGCUGGCCGAGGACGCCGACGCGCUGCUGCUUGGCCUGCGCUACUCGCUGGCGCGGCUGCACUUCCUGUUCCUGCGCCAGGACGCGGCCGGCGCCUGGCAGACCCGCGUGUCGUUCCGCAGCCCCGCGCUCGCCGACGGCCAGUGGCACACGCUGGUCCUGGCCGUGUCUGCAGGCUCCUUCUCGCUCACCACGGACUGCGGCCUCCCGGUGGACGUAGCCGCCGAUGUGCCCUUCCCGGCCACGCUGUCGGUGGGAGGAGCCCGGUUCUUCAUCGGCAGCCGGAAGAGAGCCAAGGGGCUGUUCACGGGCCUGGUGAGGCAGCUGGUCCUGCUGCCAGGCGCGGACGCCACGCCGCGGCUGUGCCCCAGCAGGGACGCCCGGCUCGCCGUGCUGGCCAUCCCUCAGGUGCUGCAGGACCUUGCAGGGAGGCCGGAGGACAACGAGGUGCUGAAAUAUCCCUAUGAAACCGACUUGAAGGUGACACUGGGGUCCCAGCCGCCGUGUACCAAGGUGGAAGCCGGCCAGUUCUGGUUGGACGUCAGCCGGAAGGGGCUGUACCUGUGUGUCGGCGGCAAGUGGGUCUCGGUGCUGGCAGCCAAAGAGAAGCUGGACUACGUGGAGGAGCACCAGCGGCUGCCCACGCACUCGGAGACGCUGGGCAUCGAGGUGUUCCGCAUCCCCGAGGUGGGGCUCUUCGCGGCCGCGGCCAAUCGCAAAGCCACCUCCGCCAUCUACAAGUGGACAGCCGGCCGCUUCGUGGCCUACCAGAGCAUCCGCACACACCAGGCGCAGUCCUGGAGGCACUUCAUCAUUGGCAAGCAGAUCUUCCUGGCCGUGGCCAACUUCGCACCCAACGACAGGGGCCAGGAGUUCUCGGUCAUCUACAAGUGGAGCGCCAGGAGGCAGAAGUUCACCCCAUACCAGCGGAUCAGCACCCACAGCGCCCGGGACUGGGAGGCCUUCCAGGUGGACGGGGAGCACUUCCUGGCUGUGGCCAACCACCGGGAAGGCGACAACCACAACGUUGACAGCGUCAUCUACAAGUGGAACCCCCAGACCCGCCUGUUCGAGGCCAACCAGACCAUCGCCACGUCGGGCGCCUAUGACUGGGAGUUCUUCACCGUGGGGCCCUACUCCUUCCUGGCCGUGGCCAACACCUUCAACGGCACCUCCACCAGGGUGCACUCCCACCUGUACAUCUGGCUGGUCGGCUCCUUCCGCCUCUUCCAGUCCUUCCUGACGUUCGGUGCUGCAGACUGGGAGGUCUUUCGCAUCGGGGAGCGGCUGUUUCUCGCCGUCGCCAACAGUCACAGCUAUGAUGUGGAGAUGCAGGCGCAGAACGAUUCCUACGUCAUCAACUCGGUCAUCUACGAGCUGAAUGUCACCGCCCAGACCUUCGUCAAGUUUCAGGACAUUCCCACCUGCAGUGCCCUGGACUGGGAGUUCUUCUCUGUGGGAGAAGAUUACUUCCUGGUGGUUGCAAACUCCUUUGAUGGGAGCACCUUCCUGGUGAACAGCAUUAUUUACAGGUGGCAGGGCUACGAGGGCUUCGUGGCCGCCCACAGCCUGCCCACCUUCGGCUGCCGGGACUGGGAGGCCUUCAGCACGCCUGCCGGCUCCUACCUCAUCUACUCCAGCGCCAAGGAGCCCCUGUCCAGGGUCCUGCGCCUCAGGACCGGCUGACCGCAACCCCGCGGCCGCCUCCGCCGCGCCGGCCUUCCAGGAGACAUUUCCGUCGAGUUUUACCUCAGAACAUCCGGGCCGCGGGCGCGCGCUUGACGUGGUGCGCGUGCGCGGGCCAGACGCUGCUCCCAUGGUGCGCAUGCGCGGGCCGGCCCCCGGCGUAUUUAUUGCGUUUCGUCCACGCAAGAAAUCUCUUUGGCCGGCGCCGCGGCUCACUAGGCUAGUUCUCCACCUUGUGGCGCCGGCACACCAGGUUCUAGUCCCGGUCAGGGCGCCGGAUUCUGUCCCGGUUGCCCCUCUUCCAGGCCAGCUCUCUGCUGUGGCCAGGGAGUGCAGUGGAGGAUGGCCCAGGUGCUUGGGCCCUGCACUCCAUGGGAGACCAGGAGAAGCACCUGGCUCCUGGCUCCUGCCAUCGGAUCAGCGCGGUGCGCCGGCCGCAGCGGCCAUUGGAGGGUGAACCAACGGCAAAGGAAGACCUUUCUCUCUGUCUCUCUCACUGUCCACUCUGCCUCAAUAAUAAAAUUUUUUUUAAAAAAAGAAAUAUAUUUAUGUUGCUGUCACAGAAGCCACGCGGCUGCUGUGUGUGUGUGUGUGUGUGUGUGUGUGUGUUUUCUCUUUAAAGAUUUAUUUUUGGAAAGACAGAGUUGCAGAAACAGACAGAGGUCUUCCAUCCGCUGGUUCACUCCCCAAAUGACCGCAACGGCCAGCUGGGCCAGGCCGAAGCCAGGGGCCAGGAACUUCUUCCGGUCUCCCACGCAGGUGCAGGGGCUGAGGCACCUCCACUGCAGGCGGGACGCACCUCAGUUUACCCCUGCGUGCCCUGGGAGCAGCCCUCGUGGGGGGGAGCCUGAAGGUGCACGGAGUCCAGGCCGACCUCUGUCUCUGCCCCGACCAGCGCCCUCCCCGCAAGGCCUCCAGCGUGCACAGGAAGCGCCCACCCGGCCUGAGCCGGGCAGCCGGGAGCCUGCUGAGCAGAGGGAGCCCCCGCCCUGGAUGCGGGAGCUGGCCCGCGCAGGCUCGGUGGGGCCUGGGCCUCCAUGGCCCCAGCUGGGAGGCGGGCUCCUGGGGGUCGUCCUCUUCUGUCACAGGUGUGGCCUAGCUCACCAGGAGACUUGAAAGAACCAGAGUCUGAUCCGUUCGAAAGCUGCCAGGGACGAGCGGUUCCCCACGCCCUACGCAGCCUGCCUAAUCCAGCCCAGAGAGCAGCGAAGGGCCGGAUGGGCGUUGGGACCCCCACACGCCACCCCCAGUCCCAGCAGCCCGGGGCUGCACUCCAGUGUCUGCCUCCUGAGGCCAGCUCCCUGCUCAUGCAGACCCUGGGGGUGCCGCCCACGUGGGAGACCCGGCUGCAGCUCUGGCUCCUGGUUUCAGCCCUCCCAGCCCCAGCCGUUCCCUGC